AUGGACGACUUCCACGUCUUGAUCAUUGGCGCAGGCAUUACUGGAUUGCUGCUUGCCCAGGCUUUGGAGAAGGCCAACAUCAGAUAUACCAUAUUCGAAGCUGAAGUCUCGGCUGAAGCCUACCGCCCGCGACAAUGGGGCUUGAGCAUCCAUUGGUCUACACCUCUGCUCAAGAGAAUACUUCCAGACGACCUGUGGGCUCGUAUCCAUGAAGCCCAAUGUGACCCGUUUUACAAGAACCCAGACGUUGAGCACCUCAACAUCUACGACGGGACCACUGGCGAGAAGAUGAAUUCCAUGCCCGAGCCGAACCACAUGCGCUUCAAUCGCGCACGAAUGCGUGCAUUCUGUACACAAGGCAUCGAUUACGAUAAGAAGAUUGCUUCGCUCAAGCCUUCCGAAGAUGGAAAGUCAGUCACUGCAAGCUUCGAAGACGGCACGUCUGUAGUAGGCACACUCGCCGUUGGUGCCGAUGGCGCAAACUCGAAAAUACGGCAUUUACUGCUCGGGGACGAGAAAGCAGCAGCUACACCUGCCUCCAUAGUAUCAGCCAAUGCGACUGUGCAGUAUACGAAACCGGAGCAAGCGCUAUUCCUGCGACAGCUGCAUCCGACGUUCUACAUGGCGUUGCAUCCAGAAGGUGGCUUGUUCUGGGUUUCGCCCCAAGAUAUACCUGACCCAGAUGACCCGUCGACGUGGAAGUUCCAGCUGUUCAUGAACUGGCGCGGUCCUGCACCUACGGACCGCAAGAACGUUCUGCCCGAGCUCAAACAGUGGGCAACAAAGCUCGUCGAUCCGUGGAAGAGUGCCAUCGAGUGGUUGCCGGAUGACGCCGUUAUCGAGACACAAAGGAUCGCAUACUGGCAUCCCUUCGAGCGAAACAGUUGGCAAGGCAGAGUCACUUUGGCUGGCGAUGCUGCUCAUCCUAUGGUGCCUUUCCGCGGUCAAGGCCUCAGCCACUGCAUUGCAGAUGUGACAUCGCUACUCGCUCAAGUGCAAGCUCACCUAGAGGAGAAGAAGCCGCUGGCAGAGGCGAUCAACGACUAUGAUGCUGAAGUCGUUGCUCGGGCCGGCGAUGAGGUCAAAGUCAGUCUGCAAACAAUGGACUUCCUGCUGACUUGGGAACUCGUUGAGCAGAGUCCCAGCUUCAAACGAAGUGCAGACCCGAACGAGGCCGCCCUCAAGAUCAUUAGGAAGGUUUGA